AUGCCAUCCAACGCGGCGGGCCGGGGGCGCCAGGCGGCUCUCGUGGGCACGGCGAGGGGCUGCGGCGUCCGGCCUCUUGAGGGGCUCGCAGGGCGCAUGAACCGGGCGGGGUGCACUCACAGCCCGCGAGCCUCGCCGCCGCGCCGCCCGGAAAGUCCCUUCGGCAGGGCCGCCGCCGCCUUCCUGGGCAUGGCCCGGCCCGGCCCGGCGCGAGGAGGGCGGGACGGGGACGCUGGGAGUUGUCCUUCCUUCCUUCCUCUCUUUGAAACCGAAAUCCUUUCCUCGUGGAGACGCGCGGGGUACGCGCUCCGUUCACUCCGGGCUCCGCGGCGCACGUGGGCUUCAGACGCCGCGACUCCGGCCGCUGGCACGGUCCUGCUUCGGCGGCCGCCCCGGGUGCACCUCCUGCCGCCCUGCCUGGGGUGGGGGGCGGCGCCGCGGCGGCUGCGGGCCGAGGGUGUGGUCGGCGGAGCCCUCGGCGGGAUCUGGGCUCACAGCGCGCGGCCCGGCGCCGCGGCACGCCCUCCCCGCGCGCACGCGUCCAUCCCGGCGGCUGGCUGCGCUGCCCCGCGGCCCCGCGCCCAGUUCAUCGGCGCCCUGCGCGCGUCCCCGGCGGCCCCGCUCAGCAGGUCCCCGCUGCGCUGAGGAUGCCGGCCCGGGCCCCGGCUCCUGCCAUCUUCGUCGCCCGCCACCAACUUCCGAGCGCGCGGGAGAGCUGGAAGGAAGGGCGGGACGAGGCCGCGGAGCGCGCCCGCCUCCGCCCGCUGUCUCCGAGCGCGGCCCGGCGCCGCCGCUGCUCCUCUCCGCGCGCCGCGCCGCGGAGCCUAUAGAAAUCUUUUGUGUGGCGUCACCGCCUUUCGUUUAAAUCCCGCUUCCUCUUCUCGCCCUUCCUCCGCCCCCUCCCGCUCCCGCUCCCGGAUGCUUGCGCGAGGCGCUGCUCCUCCCCCGGGAAGCGGGUGGCCGGGAGGACGCCGCCGCCCCGCCCGAUGCACCGCGGUCGGGCCCGGGCCUCCCGCGGUGCCCGGCGGAGAAGCUGGGGCUCCGCGCCCUCUGGGAGCCUGGCGCAGCCGCCAGCCGGCCUUACGUAAGCUCUGCUCGGUCCGGGACCUAGGCUGCGGUGACCCGCGUCCCGGGUGGAGAGCUGUGGCCGCCCCACACCAUGCCCUGGCGACCCGCUGGGACUUGGUUGGUGUUCCCAGCUCCCCACCCUUUGUGGUGCUGGAUCUCUGCCUUCCUGGGUCGUGAUGGGCUGUGUAGGGUGAGGGAAACAGCGAGGGAUCUGGAUUCCGGGGCGGAGUGGGGGGUGGGGGUUUGGGGCGGAUGCUCAGCGUCCUUCCUUUAACCGGAGGAACCUUAGAUAGUCGGCACAAGCUUUGAACCACGCUUCCUGGGGCCAGUCUUGCAGCCCUUAUGAGUCGUGGACCCUGUACUAGUUCCCUCCAAGUGUCUGGUGGCCGCGGGGUCGCAUAGUGUGCCUUUGGCCCAUGCCUUGACCUGCAGGUUGCCUUCUGUUAACUUAGUCUGUGUAGUGGAUUAACAGCAGCCAUUGCGGAAAAGUGAGUCCCUUUGGAGGUAAACAUUAUUGCCUUCACAGAUAGGUAGACUGACCGUCAGAUUCCUUGAGGGACUUUGGAAGGUCGGGAAACAGCAGAGUCCCAGCCCGCCCGCAGCUGCCCUCAGACUGCUCGCUCAGACCAAGUUCUUCCAGAAGCAGCUGGUUACGAGCUUCCUCUGCGCAGGCGCCUAGCCCGAGGACUCCUGAAACCCACGGGUCGCACUCCUGCGACCCCAGCCCCGCGUUUCUCAGCCAGGCGUGCAGCUGGGAUGAGCUUCAGUUUAUUAUCCAAGCCCAAUUGGGAGAUCAGACAAUGAGACGUACUGUUAACAAGCUAGCGAGGAAUGAGAUUCCAGCGUGGGUGGAUUAUCACUCUACUGUCUUUAGAGAUCCCCCAGAAUCUACUUGAAGCAACUUACUUUGCAUAGUGAAGUGAUAAAACGGAUGACUUUGACUUUCUAGGUUCCAGUCAAUGAGAUCAGAAUGUUGUGUGCAGACUCCAAGAAGGAUGCUUAAAAGAAAUUGGCCCCAUUGAAAAGUAUGCUCUGCUUGGCUUGGUUUUCAUCCUUUUUCCUCUGGUUGAAUGUCAUGCAAAUGAUUGGCUCUCCAGUAGCCAUGCUGGAACUUGUGACCAACCUUAGAUGCUGAUUCCACCUGCUUCUGUGAAAGAAAUGCUGGCCACAAAAAGACACUAUCUUGUUUGAACUUUAAAAAGCCAGUGUUCUGUUACAGGAAGCCUGUUAAUCACAUCCAUACAAAGCAUGAAGAAAGGUUUAUUGCUGCUCUUCAGUUGUAAUAGUAGAAACAGACGGUAACUGCUCUUGAUGGUGCAAAGAUAUUGCAUUAUACUAUGUAGCAGCAUAAAGAAUCAAAAUUCUUCAUAUUGAGAAAUUUAGUACAAUUCAUAGCUGCUACAAACACAAAUGCCACAAAACCCCUUCUAAAGAUACAGUGAUACUUACUUGCGAGUAUAUAGGGAAAAUGUAUGCACUGUGUAACAAACUGGUAACUGCUGUGUGCAGCAGAAUUGUGGGAUCUAUACUUUGAAAUGUUUGAACGUUUGAUAACACUGUUUAUGUCUUAUGUAAUUAAAAAUGUAAAACAAAUCAGCAUGGCCACCAUUUAAAAAUCCUGGGAUUUCAAAGCAUCUCUGGCAAUAUUUUUUAGAGAUGAAAAGUAGCACAAUUCAGCCUUAAAAAACUAUUUAAGCCGGGGGUGGUGGCGCACGCCUGUAAUCCCAGCACGCGGCAGGUCGAGGCAGGAGGAUCCUUCUGAGUUCGAGACCAGCCUCGGCUACAGGGUGAGCUCAAGGCAGCCUGAACUGCACAGGGAGACCUUGUCUCGAAAAGAUUUAAAAAAAAAAAAAAAAAAAAAAAAAAAAAAAGAA